AUGGGUUCCAAAUUGUCUAAGGCUGUGCGGCGGCCGCGCCGCGCAGAGUCCUUCAAUACCAUGAGCAACAGUGCUCCAGCUCCACAUUCACCUGCCGACCAAACCAUAAAUGCGAAAUCCCGUACAGAUCAAGUUUGCCAAGAUUUGAGCGUUGUCGCCGCUAAGGACGCGAUUGUUGUUCUUCCUACACCCAGCAUUACUUCUCCCGCCGACAAACUAUCCGCCACAGCAUCUGGCCAAGUGGCAAUCGAAAUGGAGCACGAAAACACUCAAGCUCCAGACAGUGCUCCAAGUGUAGAAGUAAAAAAUGACCAAGCACUGCAACAAGAUGAAGGUAGUAAUGAUCCACCUCACUCUCCCUCUGCCACUCCCAAUCCCAUCCCCAAGGCCGAAGCCAGUGUCAAGAUAGUGUCUUGCAUAAUUUGUUGUGACCCGUUCCCGGAUACGGACGAUACGAUCGUCCGUCCUUGCAGGACCAACUGUACAUACUGCGUAGAGUGCCUCAGGCAUUCAUUCCUCAAAGCGUGUUUGGAUGUGACACGCAUGCCCCCACGUUGCUGCGACACUAUUCAACUUCACCAUGUGCGACCCUUUCUCACGGAUGAGGAACUAAACACCUACCGGGAGAAGUACGACGAGUGGAGCACCCCGAAACCGUUCUACUGCCCAGUCCCGACGUGCUCUGCGUUCAUUUCCAACAGGAUUCUCAAGAACAACAGCAGUGCGAAAGGAAAGCAGAGAGUCGACUCUGUCGUUGGAACACCGACUUCACCGCACAUUGCUUGUCCCAAGUGUAGCACUUCGAUAUGCACCAACUGUCGACAACUUGAGCACCUGGGUUUGCCCUGCGAAGAUCUCCCGUUCGGAGUCGACAAAGAGACUGCCGCGCUGCUCGAGGGCUGGGGUUACAAGAAGUGUCCUAAGUGCGCUCAAGGCGUGAGGCGCAUGUAUGGUUGCAACCACAUGCAGUGCAUGUGUGGCGCUCACUGGUGCUGGGCUUGCCAGAGAUCAAAGGAAGAGUGCGACGGCGAAUGCUACGAAUCCGAUGAGUAUUCCGAGAGCGAAUUCGACGAAGAAGAUGACAGCAACUCUCCCAACGCUGAAGCUUCCACAUCAACGGAGCCUGCUGCUGCUGCUGCUGCCGCUGCCGCCACGACGGAGCAACCAGCCUCAACUGAACUUGCAAAUGCGACUCCGACGGCACGGCGACAAAGAAACCUAGAUUUGCACUCCCGUCACACUUGGGAAGCAGCCGAUAUGGAUUUCGGCGAUGAGCCGAGCAAUGACGCUGCAGACAAGCUAUGGGACUGCGACCAUUACUUCUACAUCCCCGGUAUAUCUCUCACGACACUUUUGACCAAGAAACCGGUCACAAUGGAAUGCACCAAAUGCUGGGCCCCUAUUCACAAUGAGAUUUUCCCGCCAAAUGCAACAAAGUUGCCAUUCAAAAUGACAUCUCAUUUGUCUCCUAAGAAGAGAUGGCGCACACGUUGGGAUAGAGAAAGCCCCCUACCAAGGCGCGCUCUAGAAGGGGUCGAGGGAACCAGUUCCACCGCUCCACUGCCGGCUUUCGCUCGCAGACCGCAAAGCUUGCUAGAGCCCGAAUCCGAGGACGCAGUCGGUUUGCCGCACAGCGACAACGGCGAUCGUGUUAGGGACAUGAACGGAAAUAUUGUCUCUUCCACCGACUGGAUACUUCAACCUCGUCCACAGCGCUCGCUUGACGAUCUCACUUCAGCGGCCAACCAGGUCCCCGUCUCCCAAGCAAGCUCCGCUGGUGGCGCAACUAAACUCAAUCCCACGCCGUUCAGCUUUGCAUACGAGUGCGAGACUUGCAACAUGCUCCUCUGCCGCACUUGCAAGGAGGAGGAGGAAGCCGAGUCCAAAGCCCGCAAGGAGUUGAGGGCCAAGAACGCAAUCGAUGAGACUUGA